CAUGAAGAAAUGCAAUAAAUUCCUUGUUGUUUUAUGAAAAUUUACAACUUUGUGAUAGAAGUUUAUGAGUGGUUGAAUCCAGCGAUUGGCCGGCGCCGGUCAUGUGGCCGGGCGAUCGUGAACAUGAACUUUUUAUCAUUUCCCUGGUGGUUAUAAUGCAGCAUUCUUUUGGACACCACACCUAGGUCGGAGCACUGUCGUCCUUCAGGGCUCCAGCCUCUUGAUAUUUUUAUACUUCAGUAUCAGCUCGAUAGAGCAAAAGAGAGAGAGGACGAGAGAGGGGGGUGAGGAGAAAAGAGAGAGAGAGCGAAAGAGGGAGAGAGAGAGCAGGAGGGGUGGGAAUUACACAAAGAGAGAACCAAAAAUAAUUUUGAUUCCUAAGUUAAUUUGCUCACUGAUCUGGGAUUUUAGUCAUCAUGGAGGGUAAAUGGACAAUCUGCCCAGGACUGCAGCCUGAUACUAUUUUUCAAAGCCAGAACUUACUCCAUUUUCUAUGCAAAUGUCAGAAAAAUGAAACACCCUCUCUCCCAAGUCAGAGAAGGGGAAGCGACGGCUCUCACGUUGGGACAAUAUUAUCUGGAAGCUGAAGAAGAAACUGAAUGCUCCUUCUUUCCUCCCUCCCCAUUCCUUUCAAUCCGGAGGGGAAAAAAAACCCCAAGGUCUGCAAAGCUAAAACCCAAUCUCGGAUAUACUACUAAUAGGCGCGGCGCUCGGACUAUAAAACACAACAAAUCAUAAACCCGGCGGAGCAGCAGCGGCCACGCGCGCCUCCCCUCCCAAUGAGUUCCUAUUUCGUGAACUCCACCUUCCCCGUCACUCUGGCCAGCGGGCAGGAGUCCUUCUUGGGCCAGCUACCGCUCUACUCGUCGGGCUAUGCGGACCCGCUGAGGCAUUACCCCGCGCCCUAUGGGCCAGGGCCCGGUCAGGACAAGGGCUUUGCCACUUCCUCCUAUUACCCGCCGGCGGGCGGUGGCUACGGCCGAGCGGCGCCCUGCGACUACGGGCCGGCGCCGGCCUUCUACCGGGAGAAGGAGUCGGCCUGCGCACUCUCCAGCGCCGACGAGCCGCCCCAGUUCCACCCCGAGCCGCGGAAGUCUGACUGCGCGCAGGACAAGAGCGUGUUCGGCGAGACGGAAGAGCAGAAGUGCUCCACUCCGGUCUACCCGUGGAUGCAGCGGAUGAAUUCGUGCAACAGUUCCUCCUUUGGGCCCAGCGGCCGGCGAGGCCGCCAGACAUACACGCGCUACCAGACGCUGGAGCUGGAGAAGGAGUUUCACUACAAUCGCUACCUGACGCGGCGGCGGCGCAUCGAGAUCGCGCACGCCCUGUGCCUGACGGAGCGGCAGAUCAAGAUCUGGUUCCAGAACCGACGCAUGAAGUGGAAAAAGGAGAGCAAACUGCUCAGCGCUUCUCAGCUCAGUGCCGAGGAGGAGGAAGAAAAACCUGCCGAGUGAAGGUGCUGGAAAGGGAGGGAGGACGAGAGGGGAAAGGCCUGUGGGAGCCAAGGGCGUCGGAGAGCCCGGGGAAGGAAGGCUCUCGGGUGGGGGAGCCAGGAGACUUGCUCUCUGGCACACGACAGGCGGGGCCAGCGCUCUCCUGGACGCCCCCGCCCGCACAGCUCCCGGCUGGUGCUCAGAAGCCUCACUGCUCGAGCCCACCCUCGCCCUUCUUUCCCGAGAAACCCGCCUCAGCCUGAUCAGGCUUCCCAGUGAGAACUGAGGAUCGGACUCACUUGAUGUUUCCUGGAAGCAGAGCAAAAUGCUCUUGUCCCUGUCGCAUCUCAUUUCGUCCAUGUCCCCGGUGCACGGUUCAAAGGUAGAUUCGCUGUCCCCUCAGCGGGGGCCUCGAAGACUCCCUGACCCCAGAUCUGUCGUCUCUCCCACCCUCUCCCUAAAGCCACUGGAAGGAGCACAUACUACCUAGAAGUAAGAAGAGGAGCCUCAGAAGAAAACAAAGUUCUAUUUUAUUAAUUUUCUAUGUGUUGUGUUUGUAGUCUUGUCUUAGCUCUGGACGUGAAAUACUUCGGUAAUAAUAUUAAUAUUAAUAAUAAUAAUAAAGAUGUGAAAACUC